CCGGGUCCCCCAGGAGCGGAAAUUACACAGGAACAGAUGAUGAAAGAAUUUAAACAAUUAGUUAAAGAAGCUGCUGAAAAACGAGCUGAAGAAUUGUUAUCAGAUAGAUGUCAAGCCUGCUCCUCCUUGUUAAACGGAAGUUACAUGCUUCCACCGGAAGUGGACGAGAUGCUCUUGGUUCCCAGGGUUUCGGCUGCAUUUCAUAUGCGCCUGCGCAGUAACAUCGUCAUUUCAAGGAGAACUUUCAUGGAAUUGAAAAAUUUUCAUCAGCCGUUCGGCGGUGGAGCAUUUCACAGAGGUGACGUUUUCAACGCCCGUGACGGCCGUUUCGUCGCCCCACGCGCAGGAGUGUAUCACUUCUCGGCUAAUUUGCAUAUUCAAAUUAAGAGGAAGGGCAGCUCGAGAAAGAAGCUGCGGAAGCGAGACAACAUACGAGUUCAGAUCUGCAUCGAUUCUCUGUGUCAGAAAAAUACGUCACUGGAGUUCGUCACUGGAGUAGAAACCAACAGUAAACUAUUCACGUCCAGUGUUAGUGGACUACUAGAGAUGAAGGCAGGGCAGUAUUCCUCCGUGUAUGUGGACAAUUCGUCAGGGUUCGAAAUUAGAAUUCACAGCGGGUCAGAUUUCACUGGUAUUUUGUUUGGUGUGUAGUAAAACAGGUGGACAUGUGAUACAUGUCUGUUGUGGUCUGUUUUGACGUCACGAAAGGCAUUACGUCAUUACUGAACGGGAUCAAGAAAAUAACAUAAAUAUGACGCGGUGUGUGACUGACGUAUCGAAUCGUCUUCAGUCUUGAAGCUCUUGUUAUUACGUCACUGGAUUGUGAACAUGACGUAGAAUGUUUGUGCAGCGUUGUGAUGGCUCUGUUGUUUGUAACACUGACGUUGCUUGGUUACCUCAAAUUGUAACGUACAAUUUUAUUAUGUUGUUUAUUGUAAAAUAUGAUGUUGGUUGUUUGUUGGGUGAAUUUUCAGUAUAAAAUUUCACAUGAAAUGGCAGGGCCGUAGCUAGGAUCUUUUUCUUUUUUUUUUUCUUUUUUUUUAA